UUGGGCAAGCUCGGCAAGCCAAUAGGUCGAUAGGUUAAACCUUAGUGCCCUGGGUUAAACUGUACCUAUUUCGAUUAUUUUAUGAAAAUACUUUUAUUUUCAUUAUAUUUGUGAGAACCGAUAAGUUUUGGUUGCCCUCUGUUCAUUUGUCCGGCUGAAGUCACACAGGUUAGGGAGGAAUAUGCUUGAAGUUGAGAGCACAGCUGUGUCGCCUUGGUGCAUGGGGUAUAUGCAACUUCUAAUGAGAAUUUGAAUUGUAUGGGGCUGAUGAGUGAUGGGAGCAGUUACAGGCAGUUGAAGUCCAGUAGUUGACUUGGACUAGCACAGGCUGUGUCAAAUUUUGAAGGUUAUGCUAAGCUAUAAAACAUUUAUCCUUUUGCUACCGAAAUAACCUGGAAUUGCCCUUUGAAACUGUUGAGAUCGCUGAUCCCAGGCUGCGCAUCUAGAGCUGCUUCUGUCCAUGCUAUCAUUAUAACAUUCAAGUUGAAUUUGUGUGAUAAAAUUUGUUUAUACCUUUCCUUACCUUACUUUACGGUAUCAGGAUUUUUUAGGCAUAGAGCCUGUGGGCUGUGGUACCCGUUUUCAUCAAGCUCCUGGUCUUGUCAAGGAUCAGUCGGAAUCGGCUAUGGUGGUGUGACUCGGUUCCCUGCGGCGGCGGUAUGGCUGUGCGGCGCGCGGCGCCGUCGCGCUGGCGGCGGCUGCGGGAGGCCGUCUCUGUGGACCGACUGCAACAAUGUCUGUUCAGCCCGGAGCUUUGCGCGCCAAUGGCGGCCCUGCUGCUGCUCGCCGAGUGCGUUAUCAACGUGGCUGUCAUCGAGCGCGUGAAAUACACGGAGAUCGACUGGCGCGCCUAUAUGCAGGAGGUGGAGGGCGUCUACAAUGGCACGCUCGACUACUCGCGCCUGGGCGGCGACACGGGCCCGCUCGUGUACCCGGCCGGCUUUGUGUACAUCUUUCUCGGAUUGUACCACAUCACCUCGGGCGGCGCCAACAUGCGGCUGGCCCAGUACAUCUUCAUGGCCAUCUACCUGGCCAACUGGGCUCUGGUCAGCCGGCUGUACGUCCGCAGCAAGAAGGUGCCGCCCUACGUGCUGGCAGUGAUGAGCCUGACCUCGUACCGCGUCCACUCCAUCUACGUACUGCGCCUGUUUAACGAUCCGGUGGCCAUGCUGCUGCUGUACGCGUCCAUCAACUGCUUCAUGGACGCACGCUGGUCGCUCGGCAGUCUGCUCUUCUCGCUCGGUGUGUCCGUCAAGAUGAGUGUGCUGCUGUUCGCGCCGGCGCUGCUACUGGCCUAUCUCUACACGCUCGGGUUCUGGGGCACUGUCAAACAGCUGACCAUCUGCGGCGGCGUACAGGUGGCGCUCGGUGCGCCGUUCCUCGCCGCCGCGCCGGUGGCCUACCUGCGCGGCGCGUUCGAUCUGGGCCGGGUGUUCCAGUACCAAUGGACGGUCAACUGGCGCUGUCUGGCCGAGGAGGUGUUCCUCGACCGGCGCCUGCACGUGCUGCUGCUAGCGCUGCACCUGAUCGUGCUGGCGUUGUUCGCGCAGGGCCGCUGGCGGCGCUUCCUGUCGGCGUUCGGCCGUCUGCAGGCCACCGGCGGGCCGGAGAUCAGCUGCCAGCUGCUGCUGCUGCCGCUCUUCACCGCCAAUCUGAUCGGCAUGGCGUUUGCGCGCUCGCUGCACUACCAGUUCUACGUGUGGUACUACCACAGCCUGCCGUACCUGCUUUGGAGCGCGCCGUUCGCGCCCGUCACGCGGCUCUGCCUGCUGGGCGUCAUCGAGCUGUGCUGGAACACCUACCCGUCGACGCCGCUGAGCUCGGCGGCGCUACACUGCUGCCACCUGGUGCUGAUUGCUGGACUCUGGCGCACCGGCGGACUGCUGUCACAGGUGGCGCCACCGGCGCGCGCUCAGAAACUGAAAAAGUGAAUGAAUGGUCCCCACUCGAGGAGAAGGGGCUGCUGCAGGGAGUGGAAGGGGACAGUGUGUGUGCAGUGAAUUCCCGUGCGCCGCUCUGUGACCGUUAUUUGCAUUUUGGUGUCGUGUGUGGUGUUAUGCCAUGUUUGGGUAGGAUCAGCCGAGUUGUGUGGCGGGGGAGCAAUCAUAGACUAGGGAUCGGUUUUAUAAAAACAAGUGUUUGAAGUAGGCUUCAAGCUCGGGUCACAUGUUGUUUGUGGCCUCGGUAUCGUCUGAUGUCAAGGGCAGGAGUAUGUGGAGCACGUGCCUUGACGACGUUUUUGUAUUUUGGUCCUGUGUGCACCCUGACUUGCCGACCCCUCCCUUGAACUGACCGAGCUCUGGGGGCUCGAUGCGAUGACCAUGAUUCGUGUGGUUUUCCCCAAUCGUCCAAUACAUACCCUUCUGUGAUGCA